AGGCGGUAUAUUUUUCCGCGGCCACACUGUAUAGCUCUCCUAAUAACAAAAAAUUAUUAACAAAUAUUACGGACGCGCAACGUUUUUCCGGCAAUUAGGCAAACACGGUAUCUAAACAGUUCGUUUUCGAAAAGUGAAAUAAAAAUUUGGGAAAAAUGCAGAUCAAAGAAUUCCGCGUGACUUUGCCAUUGACUGUGGAAGAGUAUCAAGUUGCACAAUUAUUCUCAGUGGCCGAGGCGUCAAAGGAGAACACAGGCGGCGGCGAGGGCAUUGAGGUAUUAAAGAAUGAGCCAUUCGACAACGUUCCACUGCUGGGUGGCAAAUACACUUCAGGUCAAUAUACAUAUAAGAUCUAUCAUCUGCAAUCAAAAGUUCCAGCGUACAUAAGACUAUUGGCACCCAAGGGCUCUCUGGAGAUACACGAGGAGGCAUGGAAUGCUUAUCCCUAUUGUCGAACGAUUAUCACGAAUCCUGGCUAUAUGAACAAAAACUUUCUUAUAACUAUUGAAUCGAAUCAUUUUAACAAUGACCUUGGCGAUUUACCGAAUGUGCACGAACUGACGCCGGAUAAGCUGAAAGCACGCGAGAUAGUGCACAUUGACAUUGCCAAUGAUCCGAUAUUGCCUGCAGAUUUCAAGUCCGAAGAGGAUCCCACCACCUACCAGUCAAAGAAGACGGGACGUGGCCCUCUGGUUGGUGCCGACUGGAAAAAGCGUGUGGAUCCCGUGAUGACCUGCUACAAGCUGGUGACAUGCGAGUUCAAAUGGUUCGGCCUGCAGACAAGAGUAGAGAAUUUUAUACAAAAGUCAGAGCGACGCCUUUUCACAAACUUCCAUCGCCAAGUUUUCUGUUCAACCGAUCGCUGGUACGGUCUAACAAUGGAGGACAUUCGCGCCAUCGAGGAGCAGGUCAAGGAAGAGCUGGACAAGGCGCGGCAGGUGGGCGAAGUGCGGGGCAUGCGUGCGGAUGCCGAUUAAAUAUAUUAGUAGUAGAAAAUUGUAAAACAAAAUA